GUUUGCACUGUUAGUUUGUCGAGUUGGCGUGUCGAAGUCAAAUCCGAGUGCGGUAAUUUGUUGUAGAAAAAUUAUUAUAUAAUAUAUAUUUGUGAUAAUAAAGAACAUUGCUAUGACCAUAAUGGCGAAAUCGGCCAACACCUUAGCCGCCGCCGCUUCCAGACUGGAAAAGCACAUCAACUUGCUCAAGUACACAAUAUUCUGCAUAAGCGUCGUGGUCUGGAUUUCCGGGGUUUUCCUACUUGGCUACGUGGUGUACACAAGACUGGACACGACCCUCCAAGAGUGGGUCGACAUACUUCAAGUAUGGGAUGUUUACGUAGGAUUGUACAUACUGAUAUUCGCGUCCAUUGUUGUGAUACUGGCUCCUUUUUUAUCCUGCUUCGCCGUCUACCAAGAAAUCGCCCAACUGCUCACGGCUAACGCCGGUGUGCAUGUCUUUUCGUUUUUCGUCUUGAUGUUGGGGUCGGGCUAUCUACUCGAAAACACCACUGUCGGAUCGUCCGUCGUUCCGGUCAUCAGAGACAGCAUGAAGAACCUGAUAAUGCAAUCGCACAUCGAGUCUGUGGGGUACACGUUGAACAUGAUCCAGGAAUCGAUCGGUUGUUGUGGAGCAGACGGGCCAAACGACUAUCUUACCCUGAGAAAAGCGUUGCCGACCGAAUGCAGGGACACGGUCACCGGAAACGCUUUCUUCUACGGAUGUGCUGAAGAGAUGACUUGGUUCCUGGAAGAUAAAUCUAGGUGGAUAACCAACAUGGCCAUGUCGAUUGCAGCUUUGGAGAUGCUGAUAACCGCCUUGAGCUUAAUUUUGAUUAAGGCGUUGCAAAAAGAAGAAAAGUUCAACUACCAGCAAUAAGAAAAUAUUAUCGAAAUUGGUUAAUAUUAUACAUAAUCUUCUUAUUACUAUAUUUUUUGCACAUAGAAUAGACUAAGCUAUAUUAAAACAUAACGUAAAAUGUAUUUUUAAUUUUUUUUUUUUCAUACAAAUGUCAUAUUAUUCAAAUUGCACUCACUGUAUGUAUAUAAAUAUAGUUUAUAUAGUUCUAACGUUAUUUGUAAGAAUAUAAUUAAAAGGCACUACGUACCUGUUCUAGACAUUUUACAGAAAAGACAUUUUGUAUAAUUUUUUCUAAUAUAAAUACAAAAAAUAUUGUAAGGCAAUUUAAUAGUAAAAAUAUACUUAGUUUAAAAUAAUUUACUGCACAACAAAAAAAAUUAAAUAAAUUCUACUAAAAUAAUAGUGAAUUUUGUUUAUUUGAAUAUUUUUUACCUAAGCCUUAGGUUGUCUAGUGGACAUUAACCGUGCCCACCUACUCUGUAUACAUACACAUAUUAUUUAGACAAACCAAUAAAACAUCAACAACCGGUCCUGUUACGAUUUAUUUAUGUCGGAAAAAAUAAAAAGUUAUCAAUUUUGUAUUGCUGUUUUCAAUUAUUAUGCUCGUACAUACACAAAACAAGUCAAACAAGCAACUGAAACUAAACUUUCCGCGAACACACAACAGCCAAUAAGGUUAACAAAAGAGCAAUGCUCAUUUCCGGUUCAGCAACUUUUUUUUCCGGUUUAUUUCUUCGGUUUAGCCUUCGGUCGCAAGUUUACCAUUUUUAUUUUGUUAUUUCUGGGAUCUGUUUUUAAAUUCACCGGAACAACAAAAUAUAAUAUUAUUAUAAGAAUCGAACAACCCUUAACUAAGCUAACCACAAUAUUUUCUUAACGCAGUGUAACACUCCCCGAACCGUACUCGACUCUUAUAUAUAUUAUCUAAUCCUCAAGAAGGACGACUAAUAAGGUCCUACUCGUUCUCGGUAAUAUGUAAAUAUAUUUUGCUUGGAUUUGCAUGAAAAAACAUUUUCAGAUGUUUGAUCGAAUACGUUUUACAGCACAUCAAUAACAUACUUUUCUUGGACUA